AUGGACCUCUCGAAGAAAAAUAUAAGUUUUUAUAAAAUCCGCAAAGUAUUACAUAGUCUUGAUCGCGAAGUGGGUUUAUUUUACUUCAAGGACUCAUCUUACCAACGUACUCUUUACGAGAAAUAUCUUGCCUUUGCUUUGCCGAUAAAGAUUUUCCUGCUAAUCUUCAUGAUUGUAUCAACGGCUUUCGUAACUCAUUUUGAGUUUUUAUCGAUGAUUUUUUGUGUUUCUCUACUUACAGUUUAUCUUUGUCUUUACUCAAUUUUGACAAAGUUUUCACGGAACAGGAAAGUACUUCAAGGUUUAGUAGCAUGGUGCGAAAGUCUCUACAAGGUCGAGGAAAAAUUUGACAAAUCAAUUAAGGACACCGUGACAACUCACUUGAUCCAAAUGAAAAAAUGGACAGUAAUUAUUGUUCCAGCAUUACAAAUUACUCUCGCCUGUUUGUCGUUAACUAUAACCUUUGCCUUUGCUGUCAUUACUUUAUUCCUACCUGAACAUAUUUAUCCGAAAUUCAGCCCGCCAAUUCCUUAUUACUUGCCAUUUCCGAAUCAAAAGACAUGGCCUGCUUACAUCAUCACAGUAAGUGUUCAUACUCAAGCUGGAUUACAUGCUGCUACCCUCACAAGUUUUGUUUUUGGCUUUUUCUAUGCCAUCGUGAUUCAUAUUUUGGGAGUCUUGGAUAUGGUUCUGGAUUCAAUAAAACUCUUAAAAGCCGAACUCUUGGAGAAAAUUAAACGUCGUGAAAGCUUGAGUACAUCUUCGUUCGAUAACUGGAUGAGAAUUAUCGUCGACAUGAUAGCGGAUGUCAAUGAAGUUGUAUCGACUUUGAGCAAUUUGUAUGCCGAGUAUUUUCUACUUUUGGAAUUUACGAGUUUUGCAACGUUGUUCAUUGCUGGGCUUAUUGUUACCGUUGUAAAAACGCAAUAUUUCAUGGUAUUUUUGACUUGUUACAACGUGAUGUUUUAUACGGUUUGUUACAUCCAUGAGAAGGUUCUGAAGAAAUUGAAUGACAUUACGGAUGCGAUGUAUGAUCUUCCGUGGGAACAUUUGAAUGCGAGACAAGGAAAAACUCUGGCUUUGGCGAUGAAAUGUAAUCAAGUACAAAAGGGAUUUAUGGCAGCAGCAAUUCAUACAAUUACCAUUGAACGUUUUGGAUUGAUUGUAAAAGCUGGUUAUACUAAUCUUUUGAUAUUGAAGGAUUUGGUUGCGAAACAUACUUAA